AUGAUCUGGCAGCCACCUUCUCCUACCCCUUAUGAGGCUAUGACCGACGAUGCAGCACUCCACUCUGCCGUGAGCGGUUCAGUUUCAGCGAAUAAAGGCACCUUUGCGACCGUCCUCGACCGCCCCAAGACAUCCAAUGCUGCAGAUUAUCUCUUCUUGAACACGGUCAAAGCUACUUGUCUGGCAGGUGACCCGUCUCUUCCGUCUACCACUGUCCCGGCAUUAGGUGGUGGAUCUUUAAAAUCACUCACGUCCGACGCUGCUGAUGCUUGGCCUUGGGCGGCAUCAACUUGCGCGGGAGACUCUGGUCAUCAACGGGGUGCGCCCUCUCACGACACACUCCCUCGCCGAACCAUCUUCAAGGCUCUGACGUCCGUUGCGCGAAAAACUAAGCCCGAAGCACUCCCGCUGGAAAACAUGCUAGCAAAACAAAAUGACGAGGCCCCUGGCUCUGCAGCGUCAUCUCAGAGACUUGCGGAUGCCCUCCAGGAUUUGGCGAGGAAGCAGUUGACACCCAAAUCAGCAGUGAGCGUCAUGAAGUCGCCGUGCUUUUACCAUCAGAGAUUCGACGAUGCGGUUGACAUCGAAAAGGUUUUGGAAGAAAUCAAGAAUGACGAAUGGAUGUCACACUCCCGCCUUGUUCAGACGGCGACUGGCGUCCGUGAAGUGUCCAAACAGCUGCAGCGGCGCCCUAUCAAGCGCGCCGUGCGCAAUGUCAUGAUUGUCACCAAGGCUCGAGACCACCAACUUGUUUACCUCACACGCGAGCUCACAGCGUGGCUGCUGCGCACUCCGCGAUACGGGUCCGAUUUGGGGGUCAAUGUCUAUGUUGACGCAAAACUGCGCAGUUCAAGGAGGUUUGAUGCUCCCGGCAUCUUGGCAGAAAACCCGCGGCUCGAACAUACGCUCAAGUACUGGACGCCAGAUCUAUGUUGGAGCCAGCCAGAAAAGUUUGAUCUGGUCCUCACCCUAGGGGGCGAUGGCACCGUUCUUUUCACUUCGUGGCUCUUUCAGCGAAUCGUCCCUCCGGUUUUGUCGUUCAGUCUUGGCAGCUUGGGGUUUUUGACCACGUUUGAAUUUGAAAAGUACAAGCUACACCUGAACCGAGUCAUGGGCGACGAGGGCAUGAAGAUCAAUUUGCGUAUGCGAUUUACGUGCACUGUUUGGAGGCGUGAUGCAGACGGUGCGCAAGCAGGCGAGGGCGAGCAGUUCGAGGUCCUCAAUGAGCUCGUGAUUGAUCGCGGGCCGUCGCCCUACGUUUCCAAUCUGGAGCUUUACGGCGACGAUGAGCUGCUUACCGUGGUGCAAGCCGAUGGCUGCAUCUUUUCCACCCCCACAGGAUCGACGGCCUACUCCUUGUCAGCCGGGGGGUCUCUUGUCCACCCCGACAUACCAGCCAUUUUACUGACGCCCAUCUGUCCGCAUACCUUGUCUUUCCGGCCCAUGGUCCUAUCAGAUACCAUGGCUCUGAGGGUUGCCGUGCCUCGAAACUCACGGGCCACAGCCUAUUGUGCUUUUGAUGGCAAGGGUCGCAUCGAACUGAGACCAGGCGACCAUGUCACCAUUACUGCAUCUCAGUACCCAUUUCCCACUGUCACCCGCACCGAUACAGAGUGGUUUGACAGCGUCAGCCGAACGCUGCGCUGGAAUGUCAGGGCUGCAUCACAGAAGCCAUUUGACCCCAAUGGUGCAUCUGACGGCAUCCUUUCUCAAGACGAAGAUGACAGCGCUUGCUGGGACAUAGACACAGACAGCGCGUACUUUCCCAGCGAAGAGGGAAGUGUCAGUGCCAGCCCGGUUAGGCGGCAGAUGAGCAUGUUGGGAUUGUAG